AUGGACGGCCCACCUCCACCGCCGCCAAAGCAUGGCGAGAACCCAAAGACGACCGGAGGCACGCAUGCCCCUGGAGGUACUGGCAGUGGCUUACCUCCAGGCAACUAUGACAUCUUCAUCAUACCACCUCACUCCUCUGGCGGCGGAUUCGUGUACCUUCCAAGCCUUCAGGUGCAGCGAAACAGUUUCAUGGCAGGCAUAGCCAGCACGCUUGCCAGUAUCGCCGUAUGGAAGCUGGUUGAACCUCAAGUGAAACAGUACUCCCAGAUGGUCAGCCAGGGCGUGUCGUCAGGCGGCAAUGGCGUUAUACUGCUCGUGGUGCUUGUGGGCAUCGCUGGCUGGGUCUUCGGUCAGACACAGGGCAGAGGGAAAUUCGGAGCCUUUGGGUCAGGGAGCGGACCUCAAAGUGGGACGAAUGCCGGGGCUGGCGCUGGCACACCGGGAGCAGGUUCUGGCUACCAACGGGCACCGCCACCACCGCCGAACGGAGCUUUCCCCGGUGCUGGCGGUCCUCCACCACAAGGUGCUCAAGGAGGAUGGGGAGGCUAUCAACAAUAUGGUGCGUCAUCGCCACCUCCAGACGACGCCGAGUCAACCUUUAAAGCAGAACAGGCCAAAGCUGAGGAGGAGCGCAAACGCGCCGAGGAGGAAGAGCAGCGGAAGCAGGCUGAGGCGAAGCGGAAAUCAGAUGAAGCGAAGCGGAAAGCAGAUGAAGCGAAGCAGAGAGAGGAUGAAGCGAAGCGGAGAGAGGAUGAAGCGAAGCGGAAAGAGGAUGAAGCGAAGCGGAAAAGGGAAGAAGCAGACCGCAAACGAGCUGAAGAGGAGAAACGGAAGCGGGACGAAGAGGAACGCAGACAGGUAGAGACACAACGUAAACAGGCGGAGGAGGCGAAGCGUAAGCGUGAAGAGGAGGCACGGAGACUGGCUGAGGAGGCAAAGAAGAUAGCAGAAGAAGUGGCCCGAAAGGCAGCCUGGGAGGAGCUCAAGAAAGCCGAGGAAGCAAGGAAGAAGCGAGAGGAAGAGGAGAAAGCGAAAGAAGAGGCGGCAAAGCAAGCUCGAGCGAAGGCAGAGAAGGAGAAAUGGGAGAAGAUGAGGCAGCGUGAGCGAGAACAGCGCGAGCGUGAGGCCCGCGAACGACUUGCCAAAGAAAAGGCGAAGAAGCUGCAAGAGCAACGAGAGAAGGAAGACGCCGAACGUGAGGCUCGUGAAGCUGCAGCAAGAGCAGCCAUCGAGAAAGAGAUCCGAGAGAAGCUCGAGGCUGAACAAAAAGCCAAGGCAGCUGAGGAGGCAGCGAAGAAGGCCGAAGACGAAAAGGCUGCCGCAAUCGCUGCUGCGGCAAAGGAGAAGGCUGCUGCAGAAGCUGCUGCCCUCAAAGCGAAGGCUGACGCUGAGCGGGCUGAACGGCUCAAGGCUGCACGGGAGCGAGCCCAGCGCGACCGAGAAGCUCGACUCAAAGCAGAAGCCGACAAGAUCAAGGCGGAAGCUGCCGCUGCAACGCCAGACCCCAAUGCGGGCCGAAGAUCCACGACAUAUGGCGGCAUUGGUGGUGGUGAGCGCCUCGAUCCGUACGCAGGCGCUCGGAGCCCGCCCAUACCUUCACCGUCCGUUACGUCCACACGUUCCUCGCCGAUCAAAGCUACUGUCACAUCCAAGAAGAACUACGAGCAGGACACUGCCAAGUCGUACUUCGGCACUGAAGCGCGGUCAAGCGCGUCUCGCUCUCACGUUUCUUCUGCAUACUCAGAGUCCUCUUAUGCCGAAUCCCACUCGACCUCGCGGACAACACCCCCGCCCUCUCACCGAGGGCCUUACUCUACAGCUGAUCCCAACAAGAUCGUUAUCAAAGCUGUUUACCUAUUCAACAAUCUUUUCCCAAAGCCAGUGGCGCAGCUGGUCGCCAAUGUGGGCAAGGUAACCGAUGGGUUAAUACUGAAGAUCCAAUCCGAGGGUCUGUUUAUCGAUGACGACGUACGUGGCAUACCACAGCGCGAAUGGGAUGUGAAGGCCUGGACACUGAAGAUGGUUGAGAGCGGCACUCAGCCUUCAAAAGGUCUGCAUAUCCUCCGUGCUUCGGUCCGUGAUGCCGACGGAAAGAAGUAUGUCUUCUUCAUCGAUGAGUCUGAGAGCUGGAAACUGGCGCUCGGCCUGCAACGGUUGCGUAAGGGCAGCCAGGUUCGCAGUCUGCAGAACAGCCAGAUGGCGCCAAACGAUGUAGCGAGGAUAUUGAACGCUGUACCUCCUCUUGCAUGA